AUGCCAGGAAAGACUCGUCCGGUUGAGAAGAUUGCUAAAGCUACAGCACAAUGCUCUGCAGAGGUUGCUGCAUAUGGCAAGUGUGUUAUGACGGAUUACAACUCAGUACAUAAAGAUAUGUGUGCCAAGGAGUUCUUGAGACUGAAGAAUUGCUAUCUGGUGAGUGACGAGCAAGGCAAGAACGAGUGCUGUACAGUCCACUAA